AUGUUUUUGUCCUUUCCGAAAUUAUUAAAGAGCAACAAUAUAUUACCAUCUAUAUCGCUAUCAUUAUCUUACAAGAUAUUGAUUAAAUCACCCCAUCACCAUACACGUCUAAAAUUAUGUCGUUUUUUCACCAAUGAUCCGCCAGAGUUGGAAUUUGAUGAUAAAGCGCUCACGCAGCUAUUAAAAUACGAUAGAAGUUUAAUACGCGUCGAUGCAUUACGAAUUUAUGAUUCUCUUCGAUCCACUACCGGUCUCGUGCAAAAUAUAGAGAAAUCACUAUAUAAAGAUCCUCUCUAUGGGCCAUGCAAAUCCGCUGUGAGAACUUUUAAAAUAGCAGCAAAGGAAUCUCCACUGAAACCUCAUCUAAUCGACUACGGAACACGUGAAUCGAUGGCUUAUUUAGUUGGGUAUAUGCCAAUUGCGUAUGGUCCAAUCUUUAAUGUUCUUGUAGAAUUGCAAAGACGAGUACCGGAUUUUAAGCCGAAACGUGUUUUAGAUUUUGGGACGGGUCCUGGGACAGCUAUUUGGGCGACUCAGCAAGUUUGGGAAAGUGAUCCAGAGAUGUUUGUGGGUAUUGAUAAAUCACAUUCAAUGUUAGCCAUCGCAAAUUCACUUCUAUCAAUGCGACCUGCUACUGAUAAACCUCAAAAAUUUGUCUUUAGGCGAUCUUUUGAAUAUAAUCCUGCAGAAACCAAAUACGAUCUCGUGAUCAGUGCAUUCUCAUUAAAUGAACUUAGCGAAAAUACAAGGAAAUUAAUGCUGGAUUCAAUGUGGAAAAAAACGCGAGAUAUUUUAGUGUUAAUAGAAAGAGGAACCCCGGCAGGAUUCGACACCAUUGCAAAAGCACGUCAAAAAAUAUUACAAGAGUCCAACAAUCAACUUGUCGUCGUUGGCCAAAGUAAUUCCCCGUCGUCAUCUUCUAUAGUUGAACGGGACGCAACAAUAAAUGAAUCAAAGGAAAUCACGGAUCCUGCUAACGAAUCAACGAAAGUAUUAAAUGGAGCCCAUGUUAUUGCCCCUUGUCCACAUGAUGGAAUAUGUCCAUUGGUGACUUCGAGAAAUUGGUGCCAUUUUUCACAGCGGAUACAAAGACCUUCAUAUCUUAUGAAAACCAAAAAAGCAAAAUCAAAUCUCGAAGAUUCAAUGUAUUCUUAUGUCAUUCUACGAAAAGGAAUUCGUCCUGAAUACAAUUUUUCGAGGCAUCUCAGUGAUCCAACGUCAACUUUACAUAGUCAUGAGUUAAAGGAUAAUGCCUAUCACUGGUCACGUCUCAUACUACCACCGAUGAAGCGAAAAGGUCAUAUUGUGAUGGAUGUAUGCCACAAAAAAGGUGUCAUUGAACGCUGUAACAUUCCAAAAUCUCAAGGUAAAAUCGAGUACCGUGAUGCCAAAAAAUCAAUGUGGGGGGAUUUAUUUCCUCACCCUCCCAAGAAUCCUGGCGUUCAGCGAUUAGGUGUAAUCACUUCUGGUGAUCGUGAUGCUGAUGAAAGAGAAAUGCUUGCUAUGAAGAGAAAGGGUGGCGCUAAGGUUUUAGAGGGGAAAAAGCAGCAACAACAGUUAUUGAAAGCUAUUGAAAGUAAAGAUGAUGGUGAUCAUGGAUUAAUUUCUAAUCAAGUUAAUAACAAAUCAUUGAAAAAGCUAAAACAAAUUAAUUAA